UAAAAUCGUAAUAUGUAGUAGCAAUUCGAAUUUAACUACCUACUGAGAUGCUUCACAUAUUUUUUUGGUUCUUUGUCGGACGGUAUACAUAUGCGUUUUCAUAAUUCCAUAAUUUAUGGGUAUUGUAUUUUUAUGUACAAAUUGUCAAACGAAAAAUGAAAAUUACAAACGUCUGACUUUUGAGGUUUAAUUUUCUAUUGAUAUUAAGUUUUUUAAUGGAGUAAUUAUCACAAAAAGAAUUAUGGAUACAUGGCAGACGAAAUUAAAUUAUUUCUGAUACAUUUCGCUAUAUCAGGUAUUGCAGCAGCUAUUUCGAAGACUCUUAUAAGUCCAUUGGAACGAACGAAACUUAUUUUACAAAAUCAGGAGGCGUCUCAUCAAAUUUUGAAAAGUGAUGUGCCGAAAUACAAAGGAAUUAUCGACUGCUUGAUAAGACUUCCUAAAGAACAGGGCGUAUUGAGUUAUUGGAGAGGAAAUGGGGCAAAUAUCACGCGCUACAUACCAUUACAAGCUCUCAACUUCUCCUUUUAUAAUAUGUACUACGAUAUCUUUGCGAGCUAUUGUUGUGCUGAUUUGGCAAAAACAUUUGGAGCCGGUGCUCUUGCAGGACUCAGCAGUAUAACUGUAGUUUUUCCAUUAGACUUCUGUACUACAAGGCUAGCAGUGGACAUAGGAUCAGAUCACGGAACGAACUCACCGAAGCGAGAAUUUUACGGAUUAAGACAUUGCUUGUCAUCUGUGAUAAAAACUGAUGGAGUUCUGGGAUUAUAUAAGGGAUAUACAGCUAGCGCAGUGGGCUUAACGAUCUAUCGAAGUGUCUAUUUCGGCCUUUACGAAAGUUAUAAGCAAAAAUUUAGUAGAUCUUACUUCCAGGAAAGUAAAUGGGAAGGAAGCAGUUACGUGGCAUUUCAAAUGCUUGUAGCCCAGGUCGUUACCACGAUUGCUGCUUGGGUAUCAUAUCCUUUUGACACUGCAGGAAGGAGAAUGAUGCUUGAAGCAAGUAAACCUCAAGAAUAUCGACAAAUCAAAAAUAUAAACGAUUCCUUUUUAUUGAUUUACAAGAACGAGGGAAUAUAUGGCUUCUAUAAGGGUGCUUUGGCCAACAUUAUGAGAUCAUCGGGAAGUGCCUUGGUUUUGGUUCUUUACGACGAAAUCCUUUAUCACAGCCCAUUACGCGACAUCGCAGCAGAUAAAAAAUAUCAGAGGAUGCAAAAAAAUCUGUUGUCUUGUAAAUGAAUAUCGUAAUCCUAUGUUUAAGAUAAUAUGUACAUACAAAACAUGUAAAAACAUUUAGUAUAUAUAUAUAUUAAUAUAUUCUUUGAAUUCA